AUGGUUUCAGAAAAAAAACUGGCAAACGCUGUUGGUGGCAAAACGGCUAGAGCCUGUGAUAGUUGCAUAAGAAAGCGAGCUCGGUGGUACUGUGCCGCCGAUGAUGCUUUCUUAUGCCAAACUUGUGAUGCUUCUGUGCACUCGGCGAACUCUUUGGCUCGUAGACACGAAAGGGUUCGUCUCAAGACGGCAUCGAUCAAACCCUCGGAGGAAGCUCCAAUAGAGAAUUCUUCUUCACCAUCAUGGCACCGUGGGUUCACCAGAAAAGCUCGAACGCCCCGACAUGGAUCGAGGAAACCAAAAACCGAAGAGCUAAUACGAUACCCACUUCAUUUAGUGCCGGAGCUAGGCAGUGAUGAGAAUUCACAUGAAGAAAGUGACGAGCAGCUUAUUUAUAGGGUUCCAAUUUUCGAUCCAUUUGUUGCAGAACUAUGCACUUCUGCGAAUCAAAAUGAAGUGGGAACGAGAGUUAACAAUGAUUCAGAGGCUAAAGGUGUUGUUGGGGAUGAAUCCAAAGCUAUGUUACAUGAUUGUGGACCUCAUGAUUUGAAUGGUUUUAAUGGGUUUCUUCCUUCUGAAAUGGAACUUGCAGAGUUUGCAGCUGAUGUUGAAAGCUUACUGGGAAAAGGUCUGGAAGACGAAUCAUUUGAUAUGAAAGGGCUAGGGCUUUCGGAUUGCCGAGAGAAGGACUCAAUGGAGGGCUCUUCAAGUGGAAAAGUGAAGGUUGAAGAUGAAGAAGAAGCUGAAGUUGCUAUGGCUAACCAAGUUGAUUUGGAGAUUGACAUGGCACGAGAACCAUUUGAGCUGAAUUUCGACUUCAAUUCUCCGGCGACAUACGAGGAAUUCGACGAUAAGGUCGGAGCUGAAGGGACCACUGUGAAGAAUGAUGAAGAUUGUGAAGUGGGUGACAUGACCAAGAAGAAGAUUUUAUUGAGGCUUGAUUAUGAGGGUGUAAUCACAGCCUGGGCCGACCAAAGGUCUCCGUGGACCACCGGUGAACGGCCGGAAUUGGACCAUAUUGGCUAUUGGCCUGAGUUCAUGGGUGCUUGUGGGGCAUUUCAUCAUCCCUAUGGAGAUGUAGGAAUAAUGAGCGGACACAAUACAACGGCGGAUAGGGGGAGAGAAGCCCGAGUUCUAAGGUAUAGAGAGAAGCGUCGAACCAGAUUGUUUUCGAAGAAAAUAAGGUAUGAGGUGCGGAAAUUGAAUGCAGAGAAAAGGCCUAGAAUGAAAGGUAGGUUCGUUAAGAGCUCCAGUUUUGCUGGACCAAGGUUUCCUUUGCUUGGCAAAUAA